AUUAUGUCACAUCCGUUUUGUAGUCGGUUGCUAAGCGACAGGAUGGUUGCGUCGUGUCUUGGAAAACACAGAAGGUUGCAUCUUUAACUUUAAUAAUUUUGACGUUUUGUUUAUAGGAUAAAGUUACAUAUAGCGCUUGUGUUCGAUAAUGCCGCUAACAACGAUUAAAGACGGAGAAUACACUGCUACCGUGUACAAAAUGAUCAAAGAAGGGCGAUAUGGAGACGCAAUUCAUAUUCUGAGCAAAGAACAUCAGAAACAUACUAAAUCCAGGGCUGCUCUGUCUCUCCUAGGCUACUGCUACUAUCACAUGCAGGACUUCACUAAUGCAGCAGAGUGUUAUGAACAGCUGACACAGCUUCACCCGGAGGUCGAAGACUACAAACUUUACUAUGCCCAGUCUCUAUAUGGAGCGUGUGCAUUCCCAGAGGCCAUGAAGACUACUUUUCUCUUGGACAACACAACUAGUCAUACUAAGAUGGUCAAACUGCAAGCUGCCAUUAAAUAUGGAGAGGAAGAUUUUUCGGGAGCAAAGACUCUGGUUGAGCUGUUGCCUCAGGAUGAUCCAGACUACGAUGUGGAUCUCGGGUGUUUGCUUUAUAAGGAGGGCGAGUAUGAAGAGGCUUGCAAAAAGUUUAUGUCCUCCAUGAAUGUACUGGGCUACCAGCCAGAUCUGGCAUACAAUAUAGCACUCUGUUACUACAGUUUAAAGCAGUACGCUUCAGCACUCAAAUAUAUUGCAGAAAUUAUUGAACGAGGAAUCAGAGAGCAUCCAGAGCUCAGUAUUGGAAUGACAACAGAAGGCAUUGAUGUAAGAAGUGUCGGCAACACCCUCGCCCUGCACGAAACCGCUUUGAUUGAAGCCUUUAAUCUGAAAGCAGCUAUUGAAUACCAGCUGAAGAACUAUGCUGCCGCACAAGAAGCACUGACUGACAUGCCCCCCAGAUCAGAAGAGGAGCUGGAUCCAGUCACUCUUCACAAUCAGGCCCUAAUGAACAUGGACACCAAGCCCACAGAGGGUUUUGAGAAACUUGCUUUUCUUCUUCAGCAAAACCCCUUUCCUCCUGUCACUUUUGGCAACUUAUUAUUGCUUUACUGUAAAUAUGAGUACUUUGACCUCGCUGCAGAUGUCUUGGCCGAAAAUGCUCAUCUCACUUACAAGUUUCUCACACCGUAUCUCUAUGAGUUCCUUGAUGCCAUGAUCACAUGCCAGACAGCUCCUGAGGAAGCUUUCCGAAAAUUUGACGAAAUUGCUGGAAAAUUGACUGAGCAACUACGCAAGGUUACAAAACAGGUGCAGGAAGCAAGGCACAAUCGGGAUGAAGAAUCCUUAAAAAAAUAUGUCCAAGACUAUGACGAGGUUCUCGAGAGGUACAUUCCUGUGCUAAUGGCACAGGCCAAAAUCUACUGGAACCGUGAGAACUACAGCAUGGUGGAAAAGAUCUUCCACAAGUCACUGGAGUUCUGCAAUGAACAUGAUACUUGGAAACUUAAUGUUGCUCAUGUGCUCUUCAUGCAAGAUAACAAAUAUAAAGAAGCCAUUGGUUUCUAUGAGCCCAUCGUUAAGAAGCAUUAUGAAAAUCUGGAACAAUGUAACAUUCAAGAGUGUCCCUGCAAAACAAAACCCUCGAUCCUUAAUGUUAGUGCGAUUGUUCUUGCUAACCUGUGCGUGUCAUACAUCAUGACCAGCCAAAAUGAAGAGGCAGAGGAACUGAUGAGGAAGAUAGAGAAAGAAGAGGAACAGAUCUCUUAUGAAGAGCCAGACAAAAAAGUCUUUCAUCUGUGUAUUGUCAACCUUGUAAUAGGGACUUUGUAUUGUGCUAAAGGAAACUAUGACUUUGGUAUUUCUCGCGUCAUAAAGAGUCUUGAGCCAUACAACAAAAAGCUUGGAACAGACACGUGGUUCUAUGCUAAGAGAUGUUUUCUCUCACUACUGGAAAACAUGGCUAAACACAUGAUCAUGCUCAGGGAUUCAGUGGUGCAAGAGUGCAUUCAGUUCCUUGAGCACUGUGAAUUGUACGGCAAAGAUGUGCCCGCCAUCAUAGAGCAGCCUCUGGAGGAGGACCGCAUGCACAUCGGCAAGAACACUGUCACAUAUGAAUCACGCCUGAUAAAAGCUCUCUUCCAUGAAGUCACAGGAUGGAAUGAGUAAUCCUUAAACAUCAAAUUUCUAUAUUAGAACAAGAUAUUGGGCAAAUAUUCAUCACAGAACACAAUUUUCUCACCGGCAUAGAUGGACUGUGGUUUGACUAAUGAGACAUCUCAACAUGGCUACUUUCUAAGCAGCUUUGGAGAGAUCAUGCUGUUUCUGGACUCAAGUCAAACAUGCAUUUUUAAGCAUGCAUUCUCUGUAAUAAUGAGCCUACAGGGGUUCACUCCCUCCAAACAUGAAAGAGAAAAUAUUAACCAAAGAAGGGCAUUUUUGUUUUUCAUUUAAUCUAAGCUGAGUUCAUGUUAAAAUGAUGCCUCUAUUUAACCUUUUAUGCUCAAUGCAUUUUCAUAGAAGGCAUUAAAAUUGUACAGACUUGGUUAUUUUUCCUCAUAAUAAAAAAUGCAUCAUAGUA